CCAUCUGCCAUCCAUCAUCCAUCGCUGCCAUCCACCCACGCAUCUGGGGACCCUCUCUUCGCAAAGUCGCAUGGUGCGCCCAAAGUCACUUUCUUCCCUCUUUGCCUUUCUAAUCCUCAGUCAUUCAGCGUCCAAAAGUCUCUCCGCUCUUCCAGUCAUCGCUCGUCUCGGCUCCUGACAAGCAUCCCAGCGCCCGGGAACUCCACCGCUGUCAGAAGUCACUCCAGUUCUCCCAUAUCCGCCUCCGUUUCCUCCUGGGCCUCUGGAGAUCCUCCCGAUACCUAUUUGGCACGCCUUCCCCCCCUUCUCCAUCUCGUCUUUCGCUUGAGCUGCCCGUCCAACGCAACUUGCGAACAUCAACCCACGAAAACAACUCCACCUGCGUACUGGACACUGGUUGCGCUGCUGCACCUCGAGGGGAAAGCCCAGAGAUAGGAGCCACGACCCACGAUCGACCACCCGUCCGACUCUGGCCCUCGCCCUCGCCCUACGCAUCCGGCUGCUUCUCUCGCCCUCUUUUGCCAUCCAUAUCCGCAUCUGCAACUCUUGCCUCUGCUCUCCUCUAUUUGUCUCUCUCUCACACACACACACACUCUCUCUCACUCAAUUCACAACUCUGAACCAUAACAUCAUCACCUCGCCUUAACGAUACCCAACCUUCCGUUCCGCCUUAUCUGAUCCUCCUUUUUGCCUCUUCCCUCACAGUACAUCACUUGUCGCGACUUCACUUCAGCCUACAUACUACCUUACUACUACUUCUACUUACUACCGUACUUCCUUCACCUUUCUGCUCCCUCAACAUUCCACUUAAGGAACCCCCUCCGUUCUGGAUUGAAGCUUCGCGCCGGGUACCGCGGUCCCGAAAACUUGACAACAACUGCCAACAGCCUGCUGCAAUUGCAAAGGGUAACCCACACAGCCUCGAGUACAUAAUCAUAACCGCCUCAAUGCAACAAUAGCCUCGUCGUCCGCACAGAGACCGACACGAACCGGACCGCAAGCAACGCCUUGUAGUCUUUCGACCAUUACCACAGCCUUGAUUUGAUCAGUCGCUCUCUGGCCGCCGUCGAACUGGAUUCACGAGCCCCCAUACCAACAUCACACCGCCAUCAGACAUCUUCAUCAUGUCCGCUUUGCCACCCGACCCGUACAAGAUUUUAGGCGUUUCCAAAGAUGCACAACUCGCAGAAAUUCGAAGUGCCCACCGAAAGCUCGUCCUCAAAUGCCACCCCGACAAGGUCCAGGACCCGACGCUCAAGGCCCAAAAGCAAGAUGAGUUUCAAAAGGUUCAGCAGGCCUACGAGAUUCUGAGCGACGAAAACGAGCGAGGCAAGUACGAUGACAACGUCAAACUGGCCGAGCUCCGCAAGGAGAUGGCCAAGGGCAUGUCCGCCAACACCUCGGCUCCCAGAGCGCCUGCCGCCAGAUCCUACGAGGUCCGCACCGCCGAGCCCCGACCGGAUACCUACAAGACAACGUACCGUGCCUCCCCCGGCGGCAAGCCCAUGUACUCUACCGGGUACAAUUCUCGAUCUUGGGACGAAGAAAUUCACAGCAGAUCAAAUUCCAUCUUCGAAGAGCCUAGGGCUCGCCGGGCCGCAAGUUACGAGAAAAGUUACGAGAAACCGUCCCGCCAAGACGAAGAAAGAGAUCGAGAGCGGGAACGGGAACGGAGACGUAAGGAAGAGAGGGACAGAGAACGCGAGGAGCUCGCCCGUGCCGCAGACCGCAAAGAAAGGGAACGCGAGAGGGAGCGUGAAAGAGAACGCGACAAGGAGCGAGAACGCCAAGAACGCAAGGCGUACGAAAAGCAGCUCAAGAGGGCCGCCGAAAAGGCCGCGGCCGACAAGGAAGAGCGUCGUCAAGAACGCAAGCGCCAAGAGAAGGCCGAGAAGGAGAGAGAAAAGGACCGUAAACGCGAGGCCGAAGAGAAGUCGCGCAGACACAAGCCUGUCUACAUCGAAGAUGAUGAGUCCAGCUACUUCGCCAAGUCUGACAAGAAGAAGUCAAGUAGCACCAAGGAGAAGGAGAAGGACAAGCGAUCUCGCUCGAUCCCGCCUGGAGGCGCCCCUCUCCGUGAAGAGCCGCCUGUGCCACCGGUGCCUACUAUUCAGGCCGAUGCCAAAGUUUCCAAAUAUGCCGACACCAUGCUGUACGCAGCGUCAUACAUGGAUCAGUCUCGCAAGGCAGUUCACCCAGGUCUGAGCCGUGCCCAGACUUCGUACGAGCCUCGACAUGUGCCUGUCGCGGUCCCGACGCCGCCCGCUGCGAUUCCUUUCGCUCCUCCUCCCAUCCCUACGGUCGAGGAGGACACCAGUCGCAGAUCAAAGUCGAGACGCUCCUCUGAGACCAAGACACGGGACAAGUCAAGUCAUAAGAAAUCAUCACCCACAAAGGAGGCACCGGUUCCGCCAUCGCCCAAUGUUGUCGAUGCCUCUCCCAGCACUCGCCACAUGGCUCAGUUCGCUUCCGCGACAUCUUCGCCAGCAUCUACCUCGCCGCCUAAGCACUUGGGUAGAGCGGCCACCUUCAACGAUGGGUACAACCGUCCUCCUCCUGGUCCUGUCAGGGCUCAAACAUUUUCCCAUGUGCCUGCUGAGUCUGCCGACGUCCGGGGCCGUGGUCGCUCAAGGCUGCAGCCGCAGCAGGUUUUGAGCGAGGACUCUGAUGAUUCGGAGGAAGACCAACGUCAUCAGCAAAGGAGUCAUCGACACAGAACGCACUCUCCCGAGGCGAUACCGUAUGAGACUGGCCAACGCACUCGAUACACUGUCAAUGCUGGAAGAGCAGUCCCAGUCGCUGCUGAGGCUGCAUAUGCUUCAGCCUAUCGCGACGACUCUCCUCCGAGGAAGGUCAAGCACGACUACUACAGUGUCCGCCCUUCCAUGCCGUCUCGCGAGGCAAGCUACCAGAGCUCCAACCCGUAUUUUUCCAAGGUGAAGACGGCGAGAUAUGAUGACGUUCAGUACACCAACAUCCCGCAUCGUUACCGCGAUGAGUAUGCAGGCUACGCUUAGCGGCAAAUAAAUGGCGCAGCUCAUUAACGUCUCGAUCUCACAAUGGUCAUCCCGCCCUCUUCGCAAUGAGAGAUACUUCGCUCUGCUGGAACGCGUCGAUGUUCAUCCUCCUUACGUCCUAAUUCGCGCGGCUGAUUUCCAUUUUCUAUGUUUUUUGUUAGCUUUCAUGUUUUCAUCUCGAGCUCUUUUUCUUUGGUUCGUGCUGGUAUGAAGGGGACGAUAUGAAAGAAAACCAUACAGUAACGAGUACCGAUCUGUCUUAUUGAUAUCAACCUGGGAGGGCUGCGAUUGACGAGCCCGAAAUGGCGCUGAGGGCAUUUGAGGGACUGAGGCCGCUUGAGACGGCUAUUGAUUGGCAUUUAUGGAGCGAGACGUGCUGGGCGGUGGUGUUUGCCUGGGAUGACGGGUGCUAGGCAAAGUGGCGACUGGGUAGGGAUAAAGGAAGCUUCUCGAGUUCGGUCAGGUGCCUUGUGAUGAGGCGUUCACGAACAACGAAGCCUUACCAUCUCCCUCCUUCCACAUGACCAGGCUGAGCCCCGUUUCAGCUCCAGGCAGCCGGCCCCGUCCACGCAACGGGGACAUUGGGAACGUCCUGGGUUUCUCACAGAAGUUGUUGUACGCUGGAGUCUGACGAUACACACAUGCAUUGGGAUGGCGACAUAUAUUUUACACAUUUACUGGCUAUUUUUUCCAGAUCUUUAACGAACUCAAGACAUAUUUUCUCAUCCUUGUCAAAUCGUUUUUUUUUUUUUUUGUCAUUCGCUACAAGGAGUUUGAAAGCGGAGGGGAUAUACCACACUCAUUUUGUGCACGAGUCGGGGAAGGAGAGAAACAAUGGAAAGAGGAAGAACAUAUGAAAGAGGAGGAGUUAUUAUACCAUUAUGGUGGGCAUGUGCCUGUUGAGGAAAGGACGAUCAUCGUGAAGGAUAGUCGUGGGUCCUGGGAGGGCGGCUAUAGUUAGAUUCUCUGUCGAAUGGAAAUGCAUUCUUGACACGUCUAUCUUGCUGACUCUCGAUUCGGUGAUGUUCUUUGACGAGAUCGAAUGAUGGUUAAGAGAAAAUGCAAGUGCGAUGGUACGAGGUUGGAUCACGGUGGCCUGGACUCGGGUGGUCUAGACCUGGUUGAUGCGUCUAGUCGAGUGAUUACGACGUUCGUUGGGGGGUGUUCUUGGGAGAGAUUAUGGAACGAGAAUAAGAAGCGUGGGGAGGUGUUUUUCCAUUUAUUAUAUUGCGGCUGAGAUUACUUCUUGGUCUUGGGGAUUUCGGUGAGGGUGACGUGUCACGCAGAUACUGAUCAGGCUGUCUACGGAGCCUCGGGGGGCUUGGCUGAGAGGUUCCGAAGGCGAGGGCUGUGUCGAAUUGACUGGAGUUGAGCUGGCCUGGUUAAGAUAUGUAUAAAAAGAGAGGCUGGGGCUUCAUUUUUGAAGUUCUACUACAGAGUCAAAUCUCUGAGGUUACUGCCGCCGAGGUAAAGACAUCCCACUUGCGGUUGACGCGCAACCUUUGUAUCUGCUUGGACCUAGGAUCCAAAUUCUCUGCAAGCUAAUGUCCCUCAGCCUCUGUAUCUGGUACCUGCGGUCCAAGGAGCUCCUCGGCCGUUUGUUUUCACGGGGUAAUCUGC